CUCAUAACCUUCUCGAGCUUCCCCCUUCUCUUCGUCUUUGACUAUCUUGGCUCCACACCCUCACUUUCGUUUUGUUCCUGUGUCUCUCCUCUCCCCAUCUUCUGUUACUUGAGGGGUACACGUCCUCAAGUCCAAGAGCAAUAUGCAUCGCAAAGAUAUGACCAUGUCGACUAUCAUGAGCCGAUGCUGGCAAGGCAGAAGGAAUUGGAUUGCAGCUCUGAUAAUACUGCUUCUGGUCUGGACAAUCUGGUUUCUGAAUCUACCAGUCAUAAGGACUCAGCAGUGGUCGCGGGUGUGACAAAAGCAAUCGUACACGGCGAGGCUCCUCUUCAGAACAAUGCGCCUACGUCGGCGAUACACUUCGAUGCCUCCCACUUCCCAACUCCGACUCCUUCAGCUCGUCCCCCUCCUCCGCCGGUACAGAAUGCGACGGUAGACCGUCCUUUGAUCCUCUACGCCUUCUUCGAAACCCCAGGCGCCCGAAUCAACCUCGAGUUCUUCAUCAAGCAUGCCCUCCACGACGCCGCAGAUUUCCUCUUCGUCCUCAAUGGCGAGACAACCGCCGCCAACCUGCUACCUAAGAAAGAAAAUAUCCGGUUUGUGAACAGGAAGAACGAUUGCUAUGACUUGGGCGCAUUCGCAGAGAUCCUUACCACCGACGACAUGUACAAGAACUACAAGCGUUAUAUUCUCAUGAAUGCCAGCAUUCGCGGUCCGUUUUUCCCAUACUGGAGUAAUCAGUGCUGGAGUGAUGUAUAUUUGGACAAGCUCAAUGACAAGACAAAGCUCGUCGGUAUGACUAUGAAUUGCGAAGCCCCCGUCCCACAUAUUCAGUCCAUGUUCUGGGCUCUCGAUCGCGCUGGCCUCGAAACCCUUCUUUUCCCUUCCGAAGAAUUGGUCGAGACCUUCAUUGCAUCCCUCCCAGCCCACGAUAGCAACCAACCCGUACCCGAGAUGUGGAGUCCAGGAAUCAAUUCUUGCCCCCAUGAGUAUUGGAAGGCUGUUGCGGUCGAGGUUUAUUCUACGGCAUUGAUUGAAGCAGCAGGAUACGAGGUCGAUGCCAUGAUGUCUGCAUACCGGGGAUUCGGAGAUGCUCUGGCAAGAGGAGAGACUGUUGAUUUAGGAGGUGGACCAGUUGAGAUGGGUACAUUGAGAACUGGGACCGGAUACGAAAGCAUCUGCAAAGAGAGUCUAGACCCCUUACUCGAGAAGCAGUAUUGGGGAACGACCAUCCAUCCUUUCGAUACCGUCUUUGCGAAAACGAAUCGCGGUGCUAAUAUGGGGACAGUCGAGAGAUUGACACAGUGGACAGCAGGCAGAGCAUAUAGCAGUUACGACGUCUGUCGAUGACCAGAACCCAGCACAUAUCAGGGCGGGUGUUUUGAUUCUUUUUGGGGUUUCUUGCCAAUCGAUAUUGAUGAGACUGCAUAUACUCGGCGUUGGAAUGAUUUAAGAGAGCACCAAGCAUAGCAUGGCAUGAGAUACCAGAUCUGAGCACCGAGCGAGCGAUGUUGGCUUUUUUUGGGUCGUUUUUGGACGGUCUUGGCGUCUAGAGUAUUAGAGUACGAGUAGUUAAUGCCUAUAAUGUGUAAAUGUCAGAGAAGA